CAGGGUCAGCUCCCCGCCUCGCGCCUGCCGUCCCCACCCACCCUGUCCCCGGCACCAUGGCGUCCAGCGAGGAGGACGGCGCGAUUGAGGAGAAGGAAAACAAUAACAAGAAGAGGACUAAAAGCGCCAUCACAACAGCAUGGCUCACUUUCUACAACAUCGCCAUGACCGCCGGGUGGCUGGUUUUAGCUAUGGCAAUGAUACGCUUCUACAUCCAAAAAGGCACACACAAAGGUCUGUACAGAAGCAUAGCAAGGACGCUGAAGUUUUUCCAGACCUUUGCAUUAGUUGAGGUGGGACAUUGUGCCGUUGGAAUCGUGAGGACUUCUGUGAUCGUAACAGGGGUUCAAGUGUGUUCACGGAUUUUCAUGGUUUGGUUUGUAACCAACAGCAUCAGACAGGUCCAGAAUGAAGAAAGUGUAAUCCUGUUCUUGGUUGUGUGGACGGUGACAGAGAUUACCCGAUAUUCCUACUACACAUUCAACCUGCUCCACCACCUGCCGUACUUCAUCAAAUGGGCCAGAUACAACUUCUUCAUCGUCUUGUAUCCUCUGGGGGUUGUCGGUGAACUUCUGACUAUUUCUGCAGCUCUGCCGUUUGUACGCAGAUCUGGAAUGUACUCUAUGAGGCUCCCCAACAAGUAUAAUGUGUCAUUCGACUACUACUACUGCCUCAUCAUUGUCAUGCUGUCCUACAUCCCAUUGUUUCCUCAGCUUUACUUCCACAUGCUUCGGCAGAGGAGAAAGAUGCUUCAUGGGGAGGUCAUAGUGGAGAAGGAUGACUAGAACGGCACCUUCUUAAAAGGAUGUUUGAGCCAGCCUGUUUCUGCAUCACCCUCUCCCUCUUCCCCGCUUCACCCCCAUCUCAUCUUUAGCACCAUCAGCCGCUGUAUCCUUUGCUGCACUGGACCCCAAGAGCUACAUUGACAAACUGUCUGAGACCUGGAUGCCACCAGGCAGAUUCAGAUGUUACAGAGACAAUCAAUGACAGGAAGAAUCCACAAAACCAUUGGAGUAAAUUAAUAACAUGUUUACAGUGAGGGUGUACGUUUGAGAGAG